AUGGCGAGCUUCUACAUCCGCGAGGCUCCUCCUGAGCAAACUUCCCCCUCACAACCCCACUCACCUACUCGGUCUUCCCCAUCGCGUAUUGUCUCUCCCAACGCCACAAUGGGCAAGAAAAGACGUGGCCCCUCCCUCGAGGAGCUCCUUGAUCGCCCAUGGUGCUACUACUGUGAGCGAGACUUUGACGACUUGAAGAUCCUCAUCUCUCAUCAGAAGGCAAAACAUUUCAAGUGUGACAACUGCAAUCGCAGACUGAAUACUGCUGGAGGUCUUUCGGUGCACUUGAGUCAGGUUCACAAAGAACAGCUCACCCAGGUCCAAAAUGCGCUGCCAAACCGUAUGGGUCUCGAUGUUGAGAUCUUCGGAAUGGAGGGUAUCCCUGCAGACAUCAUCAAAUCCCAUCAGCAACGCGUGGCUUCGCAGUUCCAGCAAGCCGAGCUGGAUCGCCAGCAAGCGACAGGCAAUCCUCCUUCCGGAGUGUCUUCCAACGGCGGCCAACCGGCAAAGAAGCCCAAGCUGGAGCCUAUCUCAGAUCUUAAGAAGCGAUUGGCUGAACACAAGGCGAAGCGUGCAGAGGCACUCGCCGGUGGCAGUAGCGGUGACGUGACUCCGUCUAGCGCUGUCCAGUCUACCCCAACAGCUGGUGGAUAUCAGUCGCCCCAGAUCGCCACUGCGCCCGUUCAACAGUUUUCUUAUCCUCAGCCUUAUGGUGGGCCCCCCGCCGCUGUGGCGUCUCCUUACCCGCAAACUGGUAGCCCCGUCUAUCAAAAUUACUCACCAGCUGCCGGUGCCUCGCCUUACACCCAGUCAAUGUAUCCCCAGUCAUACUCCACCGUCAAUCCGCCACAAUUCCCCGCCGGUCUUCCUGCCGGUCUUCCUGCGCCGCUACCAGUCGCCUAUGGAGCUCCUUCUUUCCCCCAACAACUCCCACCUUCCGAAAACAGAUACACAGGCUUACCGGCCGCUUCGAACCUUCCACAGCGUCCUGCUUUUGCUGCGCCUCCCGUCAACGCUCUUCAGAUGCAGCAGAUGCACCACGGGCACAUUCCUCCUACCCCCGCAGCUCCGGGUUACUCUAAUGGAGACAGCGCCCAACCGACCGAAAACGUCUCCACACCUGUUGACAAUCAGAUUUCAGGCGCAGUCAAGGACACCGCCACUAAGACAGAGGGUACUAGCAAGCCAAAGAAAGAAAAGGCAAAGGCCGCGAUCCGACUUGUUUACAACGACGACACGUUCAGCCCAGAGGAGCGGAUGGCACAGCUACCCCGAUAUGCAUUCGUCCCAGACAAGAGCGCCCAAACCGCACUUGCCGAUGUUCCCGGCAACGCAAUCGUGGGCGGCAUCCAGGAUUCCGACACGGUGAUCGAUCCGGCCCAUUAA